AUGGCUAUAGGGAAAGGCAAGCGCUCGUCGGGCGCUAACGAGGCCCUCGCUAAUGGAGGUGUCUCUGUUUCCCAACCCGAAUCCGCACCUGAGAUGCCCCAGUUGGAAGAGGGCGCAUUCGCUGGCCUACGACAGAAGAUCGAGCAACGGUUGAAGGACCAGAGCUCUGGCAAGGGAAAGUCGAAGAAGAAUGACAAGCCGAUUGCUGCCGCCCAGCAGACCCCUACGAGGAAGGAGAAGCAGGCUGCCCCUAAGGCCGGCAAGAAGCAGGAGGGCUCUGCGCAGGGGAAAAAACGGGAUCGCAACGGAGAUGUGAUUGCGAGGGAAGAGAAGAAGGGAGGCAAGGACAAGCAGGAAAAGUCUGCAGGUUCCAAGAAGGGAAACAGCGACGAUACCUUGCGCCAGGAGAUUCUGGCUCUGGGUGGUACCGAGGAAGACUUUGAUCUGCUCGCUGAUGUCGACUCGGAGUCUGAAGUUGAGGGCGAAUCCUCCAAGCCAAAGGUCAAGGGCGGUGACGACGAUCUGCGCAAGGAGCUAUCCAAAAUGUUGGAGGCUGCUGGGCAUGUUGUGCCGGACGACCUAGCGGACGACGAAGUUGAGGAGGAGGAGGAGGAGGAGGAGGAGGAGGAGGAGGAGGAGGAGGAGGAGGAGGACGAAGAAGAGGAAGAAGAAGAAGGCAAGGACGACAUUGAGGAGGAGGUUGAGCAAGGCAAUGGCUCCGAAGAUGACAGUGGAAAGACCAGCGAGACAGAGGAGGAUGUUUCGGAAGUCUCUGAUGUCGAGAAAGCACCCCCGGCCCUCAAAGAGUCUAAGGCAAAGAAGGAGCCUGAAGUUAUCGUUCCUAAGGAAUAUGCGAAGCUUGCUGUUCUUCCUCGUUCUGAUUGGUACGCCAUUCCUCUGCCUCCAGUUGGCGGUGCGAAGCAAAUGAACGGCCUGCCCCGUCACUUAAUCGAUCGCAUCCACGAGCUUGCCAACUCUCUGCUUCAGGCGGAAAACGAAGAAUAUGCGAAAGCCCAACAAGCUUCGGCGUCUUCAUCGCACAAGUUCUACACGACCAUCAUGUCUUCCGGUACACUGAGCGAUAAGAUCUCUGCGCUGACUCUUGCCGUGCAAGAAUCGCCUCUACACAACACCAAAUCUCUCGAGACUCUCAUCGGGCUUGGCGGCAAACGCAGCCGUGCGCAGGCAGUCGAAGUUCUGCGGUCUCUAAAAGACAUGUUUGCUCAGGGUACCCUGUUGCCCGAUCGGCGCCUGAAGUCUUUUGCCAACCAGCCUGGACUUGUUGCUGCAUUCCAGGGAGCUGGAGGACGAUGGACCGAGCGUGAUCCGCUUCCUGGUGGCUUGCAGAAGAGUCAUCUGAUGGUCUGGGCUUUUGAAGACUUCUUGAAGGAGCAGUAUUUCGAAAUCCUGAAGAUUCUGGAGGUAUGGUGCAAUGAUGAGAUCGAGUUUUCGCGGUCUCGUGCUGUCAGCUACGUCUAUGAGCUGCUCAAGGAAAAGCCUGAGCAAGAAGCAAACUUGCUGCGCCUUCUUGUGAAUAAGCUUGGUGACCCUGGCAAGAAAAUUGCUUCGCGCGCAUCAUAUCUCCUUCUGCAGCUCGAACAGACACAUCCCAUGAUGAAGCCCCUUAUCAUCAAGGCUGUUGAGGAGUUGCUCUUCCGGCCUGGCCAAAGCCAGCAUGCCAAGUACUACGCCAUCAUCACCCUAAACCAGACGGUUCUUAGCCUGAAGGAGGAGAAGGUUGCUAUGCAGCUGCUGGAUAUCUACUUUGGGAUGUUCGUUACCCUCCUGAAGCCGGCCCAGCCUGGUAAGCCGGCCCAGCCUGGUAAGCCGGCCCCCAAGGGUAAGCCCCAGGGAAAGAAGGGACCAAAGGGCAAGGGUCGGAAUCAACCCGCCAAAGGGGAAGCCCAGGAUGAUGAGAUGCGCGAGAAGUUGACUUCGGGUGUCUUGACCGGUGUCAACCGCGCAUACCCCUUCACCGACGCUGACUCUGAUCGAAUUUCGAAACACAUCGACACUCUUUUCCGCAUCACCCACUCUUCGAACUUCAACACCAGUAUCCAGGCCCUUAUGCUGAUCCAGCAACUCACGGGAUCCACUCAAAUCGCCAGUGAUCGUUUCUACCGGACGCUGUAUGAAUCCCUUCUGGAUCCUCGUGUUGCCACCUCUUCGAAGCAGUCGCUCUAUCUGAAUCUCCUAUUCAAGGCACUCAAGAAUGACCUUAACGUCCGCCGGGUCAAAGCGUUCGUCAAGCGUAUUGUCCAGGUGCUCGGAAUGCACCAACCCUCGUUCAUUUGCGGUGUUUUCUACCUGAUCCGCGAGCUGGAGAAGACCUUUACUGGUCUCCAAUCCCUGCUCGACCAGCCUGAGGACAACGAGAGUGAUGGUGAAGAGGUGUUCCGCGACAUGCCUGAUGAGGAUGAUGAGGAGCCGGCACCCGCUCCUGUGGUGACCACCCCAAAGACGAACAAUGGCUACGACCCUCGCAAGCGUGACCCCGAGCACAGCAAUGCUGACAAGACCUGUCUCUGGGAACUGCUGCCCUUCGCGUCUCACUUCCACCCAUCUGUCUCUGUCAAUGCCGCUCGUCUCCUGGAGCAUGAGACCAUGAGUGGCAAGCCCGAUCUGACUAUUCACACUCUCACCCACUUCCUUGACCGCUUCAUCUACCGUACUCCCAAGGCCAGCGCUGCCUCCCGCGGUGCCUCGAUCAUGCAGCCCCUCGCGGGCGGCGAGGCUCAAGACCGUCUGGUGGAAGCCGGCAAGUCCGCGCCCCACGGCCAGCCUCUCAACUCCGAGAACUUCUGGAAGAAGAAGGCCAACGAGGUCGCUGCAGAGGAUGUCUUCUUCCACGAGUACUUCACUCGUGUUAACAAGGACAAGAUCAAGGUUAAGAAGGGCAAGGGGGCCGAGGACCCUGCUGACAAUGACGAGGAGGAUGCCGCGGAUCUUAGCGAUAACGAGUCUGAGAUCUGGAAGGCGCUUGUCGACUCGCGGCCGGAUCUGGAGGCUGAUGAUGACGAGGAUGACGAUCUGGAUAUGGAUGAUCUGGAGUCUGCCUUCGACGACGAAGACGAGGAUGAUGAAGAGGGUGCCGGAGGUAGCGACGAUGAGGUCAUCUUCAACGACGAGUCGGACGUCCCAUCCGACGAGGAGAUCGACGAUGCUAGCGACUUCGAUAUGGACGAGGAGGUUGCUUCGCCGCCGUCGAAAACGGCCAGCAAGAAAUCCGCCAAGACGGAGAAGAAAGCGGAGAAGAAGGCAAUGGACGACGAGGAGGACGAUUUCGAUAUGGACGUCUCGGACGAGGAGGCCUUCUUCAACAGCGACGACGACCUGCCGUCCGACAUGGAGCUGGGCGGCGUGGACCUGGAGCCCAAGGCGGAGGCCUCGGAGAGCAAGAAGCGCCGCAAGCUCAAGCACCUGCCGACAUUCGCCUCAGUGGACGAUUAUGCGGCACUGCUGGCGGACGAGGACGAGGGUAUGUAG